AUGUAUGGUAAUGUCUACGCUGGCAUACGGUCGUCUGAUAGGAAGAGUGAUAUGGUCGACAAGUUGAAAUCCGCAUUUUAUGGAAUCAAGUCCCGAAAUGACUUGCAGACGUAUGCCGAUGUGCGAGUCAGAUGCGAGGCGUAUGCGUUUGGCUACACGACCGAGUCAUUGAAUGCCGCCCUCGCCCAGCCAACAGCUGUCCCGCCAGCCAGUGGCGCACCGGUCAAUGGCGCCCCACCACCGGCUGCAGGGCCUUCGACAGCUGCCGCAGGAUCUACUGGAUCAGCAGGAUUUGGUGUGCAGAGAUGGCAACCUCAAACGGCUACUGGAGGAGGAUCAAAUGGCGCGGCAUAUCCAGCAUCAUCGGCUCCGGCACUACCAGAACGUGUACCGCCUAGAACAGCGCUUAUGAAUGCUUAUCGUGAGGCGGCAGGACCCGCGGCUAUCAAUCACGUACCGAGAGGACCAAUAUUGCUUGAGUGGAAGACGAGUCCAAUGUGGAAACCUGUACAGGCGAUUACAAAUAUGGAGCAAUUACCAGAUAUCACGGCCCACGAAAGCCACACAAAUCGCAAAGAAAGAGUCACUCGUUUCGUUCUUCCUAACGACGUAAUCGCCAAACUCAACAUGUCCCACACCUCCCCAACUACGACACCCCACUACUCUCUCCGCCUAUUCUGCGCCUCCUCAGAUCAUUACCGCCCACUGAACGCUCGCACAAAUCCGUACGGCACCAACAAGGAUAUACCGAUCGAAUAUCCGUCUUUGCCGGAUGUGUAUGUGGAUGGAGUCGGCUUGCCGUUCAAGGAGAAGGGACUGAGAGGGAAAGCGGGGAGCGCUCCGCCGUUUGAUCUGGAAAAGGCGCCGGCGAGGCGGGGGUAUAUGCCGGGGAGGAUGAUUUCGGUGGCGUUUGGGCACAAGGGGCCGACGACGGGAAAGAACAAGUCCAUCUCCAAAAAAUUCUUCUACCAGCUGGUCUUGGCGGAAAUAACGACGAAAGAGGAACUGUUGACAAGACUGGGCAACCUUCAACCCACAAAUGCGGGUGAUUCUUUGGACCAAUUACGAAGACAGCAAGACGAGGACGAUGAUAUCGUAGCGGGAACGGCGUCAUUAUCGCUCAAGGAUCCAUUGUCGUAUAUGCGUAUAUCACGUCCAGUACGGUCCAAGAAAUGUUCACAUCUUCAAUGUUUCGAGGCCCAGUGGUGGGUUGAGAGCAACGCCACUCAUCCACAGUGGCUGUGCCCACAUUGCAGCAAAGAGCUGUUCUUUGACGACCUUAUCAUUGAUGGAUACGUCUCUUCAAUAUUGAAAGCCGUUCCGGACGAUUACGACGAUGUGAUCUUGGAGCCUUCAGGCGAAUGGCACACGGAAGAUAACAAAUACGCCUCCGAGGUCUGGCGAGCAGCGCAUCCUCCUCCAGCUCCGCCUGCCCCCGCCAUCCCAUCUGUACCACCUCCUUCCGGCCCAUCAUCCUCUACACCAGGGCUCGAAACGAAACCCAGUCUGACCCAGCUCAACGGCAACGACAGCAGCAAUGGUGAAGGCGCCAAGCGAAAAGUGGUCGAGAUCUUGGACUCGGACGACGAAGAUAGUCUCCGUGGUAAAUCUUCGGCAGCCCCUUCUUCGCGCGUGUCCCUCUCCAUCCCUCCUGUCGGUGCUCGAACAGGUCUCAAUACACCGAUUAUUGAUCUGACUCUGUCAGAUUCAGAAGACGAAGGCCCACCACCGCCACCGCGUGCACCUGCGCCUGCGACGGCGAACCCGGUGACAGCGCAAGUGUCGAGACCGCAUACGUCUAUGGGGACGAGCGCGAGUGAUAUGGAUGGUGAAAAUGCGUUCUGGCGGGGCAACGUGAAUGAUGGGCAGGGGGCGGGGAUCAAUGGGGGCAGUUCGAGUCUUCCGGCCAGCUCGACGCAGUCUACGCCGGCUGCAGGGGCUGGGAGGAUGCCGCAGAUGGGAACUUGGGAUUAG